CGUCACGUGGUACGGUGGCAAAAUUGCCGCGGUCCCCUUCGUCGGUGGGCCGCAUCCACCACCACCCACCACCACCACCCACCCACGUGGCGCGGUUGGACUCCAGUCGCCGGUCUCGGUCUCGACAUGUUCCGCAGGAAACUCUCGGCGCUCGAGUACCACGACCCGGCCAGCUUCAACCACAACGAUGAAACCGAGUAUAGAAAUUUCAUCGUGUGGCUGGAAGAUCAAAAGAUCCGACACUACAAGAUCGAAGACCGAGGCAAUCUGAGGAACAUCCACAGCACUGAGUGGCCAGGCUAUUUUGAAAAGUACUUGGCUGACGUCUGCUGCCCGUUCACUGCAAAGGAGAGAGCCGAGGUGACGGACUGGCUCCUUGGGCUCGGGGUGCGGCUGGAAUAUGGGGACAAUGUUGAGAAGUACAACAAGAUUUCGGCAGACAGUCUAAAGUCAUCCGGAGGAAAUUCCAAACCUUCAGACCACCUCACCAAUCUCGAUGUGAGCAACCAAGACGUGAAGGCGGGGGUGUCUGCGCUGGCCAACCUGCUCCAGAUUCCCCGACAUGACGACUACCUUGUCAUGCUCAAGGCCGUUCACAUCCUGGUGCAGCAGCGUCUCUCCACGGAAGCCAUCGCCAAGGCGAACGAGAGCAAAGCGGGCAUCCCGAUCGCUCUGGAUCAAAACAUUCUUGGCUUCGACACCGGAGACGCCACCGUGAACGAGGCGGCGCGCAUCCUGCGGCUGCUGCACAUCGAAGAGCUCCGAGAGCUGCAGACCAAGAUCAACGAGGCCAUUGUGGCCGUGCAGGCCAUCACAGCCGACCCUAAAACCGACCAGCGGCUCGGCAAAGUUGGGCGCUAAUCCUGCCGCGUUCUCGCGGCACGUUGAACGUGCACCGGUACCGGGACUUUUCCCGUGCUGUGGUUGUUCCCACGAUUGUAUGAUUGGCCGCCGUAAAUUAACUGUGCUGAUGGUGGGGGGGGGUGCCCUGUUGCUAUCGAGUAAAUCACCUGCUGUAAAAUAUUUCCGAUUCGUUUCUGAAAUCCUGUUCGCCUGUUCACACGUGUGAGUGCAGCCACCAUGCGCUUGAAGUUUCCCAAGCUGCUCUUCGUUGAUUAAUAUGGCACUGCAUAGCUGCAGCGCCAGACCUGCAUAACUGCAGCACCGGCUCCCAUAAUGCACCGCGUUAUGUGACCUGGAUGUGUAGUGCCGUGUUCCCUACCACGUAUUUAAGGGUACAGCAGUCAUAAGUGGCAAGGUAUUGCUUAAGCAUUACUCCUAAAAGUUGAGUGACCAUCAAUUUCAAUUUUUUUUUCCAUGAGCAAAGAUUUGAACGUGUUAUGUAAAGUCUUAAAACAUCAUGGGUAUGCAGCUACAAAACGAGGACUGCGUCCUUAGCUCAGCAUUGUCUACCAUACAUAAAUUACAUUUUGGUUUAACGUAAUACCACUGCAUCUCAAGGUUGUACGAGAUCAAUAUGACAUACACAGUUAACAGGACAUGCCAGUGGGGGGAGAAAGUUCCAUAUAGGGGUAGCAGUGGAGAAGGAGCAACCUCCCACUGAUAAGGAUUUCGUAUGGCCAAUGAAGAGCACCUUUUAAGUAAUUUUCCAAUUUAGUUGCUUUAGUACAAUUGAUACAUUCAAAUAUAUUAAACUUUCCCAUAAACCAAAGGCGAGGAUGGGAAGGGAGGAGACGAGGCCUCGUGGUUCGUGGGGACACAAUUGGGUCCAGCACGAUUUAGUCCCAACCCGGUCGUGGUUCCAGCUCACGUUUAACUCAGCCGUGAUGUGCGCAGCGAUACUUUUACCAGGUGGAACGGCUGCGUAAACACAAACGCGCAACUGUGCACUUCGUCUGAAGGUUGUCCAGAUGAAUUGUAACAUUCGGUUAAUGCUUUCAAAAAACCAUACGAGUGUUGUAAAAAAAAAACUAAACUUAGAUUAAGUCCCACGUGAAGUUGUUUUUUUUUCCUAGUUAAAGUCUAUUGAAGUUCAAAUGCAUACGAGCACCAAUUCAACACGAGACAAGUUCCCAUCUUAACGUAUACAAGAGUGAGCUGUGCAAAAAUGAGAUGCUGUGUUGCACAGUUUGCCUUGAAGAAUACUGUUGUAUAAAGAUUAAAUAAGGAAUAAAAACUACUGGAGCAUUAA